AUGAGUGGUUUUGGGUUGGAUCCUAACAUUGGACGUGUCACAGCCGAUGCAUUGGCUUGGGAGGAGUUUCUUAAGGGGAAACCAGAAUUUGAAAAGUGGAAGAACAAACAUUGUCCUCGGUAUGAUGAGUUGGAGGUUAUCUUUGGAAAUGAUGUUGCUACAGGAGAGCGCUCAACAGCUGGCAAUGACGAUAUCUCUCCUAUCCAUGUGGAUGAAAGUGUAAAUGAGAUUGAUAGUCAAAGUGAAGCUACAAAUUCAAGCAAAAAAAGUGAUUCCAAGCGUAGCGCCAAAGGAGGAACUAACAGAAGCCGACGUAAACGUACCCAACCUGAUGAGAGUGUAUUAUGUUUAUGGCUUGCUGGAAAUUUUAUUAUGUAUGGUUUUGCUGGAAUUAUAGGUGUAUUAGUACCUAGUGCAUUAUGUAUGGUCUUGCUGAAAUUACAGGUGUAUUAUGUUUAUGGGGGUUUUACAGGUGUAUACUUGACAGAUUUCUUAUUAAAUGUCGAGAAUUACAGCAAUGAUGGUCUUCUAUCCAUGUUGUUUGAUUGA